CGGUGCGGCCCGGCGGAGCGCAGGAUGCAGUGCCUGGGGGCCGAGUACGUGGUUUCUGAAGAGAGUCCCAGGCCGAGAGAGUGGCGGCCCCAGAUUUACAGGAAAUGCACCGAUACGUCGUGGCUGCUCCUAUUCUUUCUCUUUUGGGCUGGGCUGAUGUUCAUCAUGGGCUACUCGGUGAUGGCGGGGGCCACCGGAAGACUCCUCUUUGGCUACGACAGCUUUGGCAAUGUGUGCGGCAAGAAGAACUCCCCGGUGGAAGGGGCUCCUCUUUCAGGGCAGGACAUGACCCUAAAAAAACAUGUAUUCUUUCUGAAUUCCUGCAACCUGGAAGUGAAAGAUGCUAGGCUCAACUCCAUUGCCCUCUGCGUAGCCAACUGUCCGGAAGAACAGCUUGACACCCUAGAGGAGGUCCGGCUCUUUGCCAACAGCAGCGGUUCCUUCCUUUGUGUCUAUAGCCUGAAUUCCUUCCAGAACCCAAGUGCAGACUCACUGUGUCCCAGGCUACCAGUCCCUCCGAGCAAGUCUUUCCCCUUGUUUAACCGAUGCAUCCCUCAAACGCCUGAAUGCUAUUCCCUAUUUGCGUCUGUUUUGAUCAAUGACGUUGACACCCUGCAUCGGAUUCUAAGUGGAAUCAUGUCAGGAAGAAACACAGUCCUGGGCUUGUGUGUCCUCGCACUAGCCUUGUCUCUGGCCAUGAUGUUCACUUUCCGAUUCAUCUCCACCCUUCUGGUCCACAUUUUUAUUGCCCUGGUUAUUUUGGGGUUAUUGUUUGUCUGUGGUGUUUUGUGGUGGCUGUAUUACGACUAUACCAAUGACCUCAGCACAGAGUUGGACACAGAGAGGGAAAACAUGGAGUGCCUGCUGGGAUUUGCUGUCGUAUCCACAGUUAUCACGGCAGUUGUGCUCAUCCUGAUCCUUGUCCUCAGAAAGAGACUAAAAUGGACAGUCGAGCUUUUCCGGGUCACAAACAAAGCCAUCAGCUGCUCCCCGUUCCUGCUGCUGCAGCCGCUGUGGACAGUCACCAUCCUCGUGUUCUUCUGGGUGCUCUGGGUGGCUGUGCUGCUGAGCCUGGGAACUGCCGGGGCUGCUCAUGUUGUCGAAGGGGGCCAAGUGGAAUAUAAGCCACUCUCAGGCAUCCGGUACAUGUGGUGGUACCACUUACUUGGCCUCAUCUGGACGAGCGAAUUCAUCCUCGCGUGCCAGCAAAUGACGGUUGCUGGGGCCGUGGUUGCUUGCUAUUUCAACAGAAAUAAAAACGAGCCUCCGGAUCACCCGGUCCUGUCAUCCCUCUCCAUUCUCUGUUGUUACCAUCAAGGGACCGUCAUGAAAGGGUCGUUUCUGAUCACUGUGGUGAGGCUUCCGCGAAUCCUUCUCCUGGGCACGUACAACACGCUGAGAGGGAAGCGGAAUACACGGUCACGGUGCUCGUCCAGAUGUUGCUCCUGCUGUUUCUCCUGCCUUGACAAGUGCCUGCGCCCUCUCAACCAGAACGCGUACACUACAACUGCCAUCAAUGGGACGGAUUUUUGCACAUCAGCAAAAGAUGCAGGCACGAUGCUGUCCAAGAACGCAAGUCAUCUUACUUCCGUUAACUGCUUUGGAGACGUCGUCAUUUUUCUAGCCAAGGUGUUGGUGGUGUGUUUCACUGUUUUUGGAGGGUUGAUGGCCUUUAACUACAACCGGGCGCUCCAGGUGUGGACAAUCCCCCUGCUGCUGGUGGCUUUCUUUGCCUACUUAGUGGCCCACAGUUUCUUAUCCGUGUUUGAAACCGUGCUGGAUGCCCUGCUCCUGUGCUUCGCGGUCGACCUGGAAACGAAUGACGGAUCACCUGCCAAACCCUACUUCAUGGACCAGGAGUUCUUGAGCUUUGUCAAGCGGAGCAACAGCUUCAGAGGUGUGAGGGCCCCGAUGGGCGGGAGCUCCCCGGGGCCUGAAGAGGGCACAGAACUCCGGCCCAUGGCACGGUAGCCGCCCCUCAGGGAUUUGUGCCUGGGAAAAAGCUUCCCUUUCUCAAGCCGUUUACAGACUACAUGGUACAGCCUGAAGUGCCCUAUUGUUCUGUGCUGUGCUGGUCAUCACCUGGCAACAUUAACAAAACCGAACAAUAAAGUUGUAUAACCUCUCUUUGUACUGAC